CAAAGAAAUAGAGCUAAAAAUAGCAAUAGGUGUGUGAUCAAAUAAGUGAUCAUAAUAAUGAUGAUGAGGAAGCAGAAACAAGUAGAGAAGAAAACAAACACCUUCCUACUAGAAAAAUCACCAACUAAGGAAUACCAAAUCACUGCUCCAAGUCAUGAUGAUCAAUAUUAUUCCAAAGUCACAACUAUAGUCACAAAAAAAUCACCUCCUCCAAUUGAAUUUCCUACCUCACCACAACUCAUAUUUGGAGAAGAAAUAAUUCAUUUCAGUCAUCCACAACACCCUCUCUCAAUGGUGGAUCUUCCUGACCUCUUUAUUUGUGUAGGGUGUAAAGAAUAUGGCUCUGGCAAGAGAUUUGUUUGUCAACAAUGUAAUUAUCAACUUCAUGACUUUUGUGCUUUGGCUCCUCCUGCCCUUAAGGCUCAUCCUUUCCAUUCCCAACAUGCAAUGUUGUUCCAUUCCAAACCAGUGAAAAGUGGAAUGACAAAAUCCAAAUGCGACGUUUGUGGCAAACCAACAAAAGGGUAUACAUUCCUAUGCACUGCAUGCGCUUUCCAAAUGCAUCCAUGUUGUGCCAUGCUCAACACAGAAAUUGAAUUCCCAAAUCAUCCACACACUCUCAAACUUACACAUUCAUCAACCACCACCGGGACUGCAACAAACACCGAUCUUUCCAACACGAUUGUUUGCAACGAGUGCAAGAAACGAAGGUCGGGGAAAGUGUAUCGGUGCACGGUGUGUAACUACAAUCUUCAUGCAUUUUGUGCUAAGAAUAAAGUUAAUGGUCUUCAAGCUAAUGGUAUUAGGCUUCCUGAAAAACCAAGUGUUCUUUCUGCUGCUGCUAAAGUUGCUUCUCAAGUUGUGAUUGAAUUUAUUGGUGGGUUUGUUGAAGGUAUUGGUGAAAGUAUGGGUGAAGUUCUUGUUCAAAAUAUUACCAAAGGAGGAAAUGGAACUCUAACCAGUGCUAAUAAUAAUACUACUACAAAACCUCGUAAAUAAUAUCUAUUUACUAUAUAUAUCUUCUCAUGUUUUUCUCUAGUCCAAGGAGGAGAAGGAAUCGUACAUAAAAACAAGUAUUUUAGAGCCAUAUGAUGAUUAAUUAAUUUGGAAUUCAACGGUUAAAUACUACACACAUUCAUAGCAUGAGUUAGCAGCUUGAAGUUAUUGUAUCAAAAUCGGACCACUUUCAUUUUGAUUCAAGUUGACAUCAGUAUAAUUGAUGUAUCGAGCUUAAAAUUAUGGGUAAUGUUUGAUGGAUACUCCACCGACUCAUUACACCUAAGAUGGGAAUGUGGGCCCACUUGAGUGGAAUGGAUGGAUGAGGUGUACAUCAAACAUUACCUUAAAAUUAUAUUUAUUGAUCCGGCUUUGAUCAAAAAAGCUCUCAACUGCCGACUACAUGACUGCGUGAAAUCUCAAUCGAAGAAAAUUCAAAUUCCAUUGUGAUUUUGUCAUUAAGGUUCAUAUUACUUGUUGUUUGUGUCUUUCUCCUAGAAAUGAAAACAAGUAGCAAAAAGAUUCGUGUGUGUGUGUGUAUAUAUGGAAAAAGAAUAUUGUGUAUCAUUGGUUUAUUUCUAUCUUCGAUUUAUAUUUAUAUACACACACAUGUAGUGAUGUAAAACGAUGGCUAGGCAGUAGUACAACUUCAUAUUCAUUUUUUUUUUUUUCUGCUGAUAGUUUUUUUUUUUGGUAA